CUGGCCUCACGGCGGACGAUUGCCGUAUUUCCGCCCUCAUGCGAGGAGCUCCCGGACCCGAUUAACGAUUUCUGCUCAAUUCGUUUUACAGGGUCAGCUUCCCUUUUUGAGAGGUAUUUGCAAUUAGCUGCAGCAUCCGGUCCCAGGGUCACGCACAGCGCUGGAUAUAACUACUGCAGUGGGCUUUAUGAAUGGUACACUGGUAACCCAAACGCAGCUCUACAGUUGUUCAACCGGGCCAAGAAAGACCCUGAAUGGGGCGAGAGAGCAAUAUGUCACAUGAUCGACAUCUGCCUGAACCCGGAUAACGAAAUCAUUGGCGGAGAAUUGGCCGAACCGAUUGCUGUUAACGACUUUGGGAUUAAGCCUGGAAUUGAUUAUAAGUACAGUAUAAUGGAAAAUUUCAUUCUGCUGGCGACUAAAGAAAAAAACAACAUAGAAAAAGCGCUAAAUAACUUUACGAAAUUAGCAAACCAGGGAACUACAAACGUGACGUAUCUACUUGAGAAACAAAUACCAAAGUCGAAGAUAUACUUAAAGAAAAUUGUUUCGCAGCCAUGGAACUUUGAAGACGCUGAUUACUUGGAGCAGUGCUGGCUCCUCUUGGCUGAUGUAUACAUCGCUCAGGGAAAAUAUGACCUGGCGAAGGAUCUGCUAAAAAACUGCCUCCAACAUAACGCUUCUUGCUCCAAGGCAUACGAAAAUCUUGGCCUCAUUGCUGAAAAGGAGUUGAAUUGGCCAGAAGCUGUCUCCAACUACGAAAAUGCCUGGAAACUGAGCAAGCAACGAAAUCUUACAUAUGGCUAUAAACUUGCGUACAACUACCUGAAAUGCAACCGAUACGUAGACGCGAUCGAUAUCUGCCACGUUAUUCUCCGAGUGUAUCCAGAUUAUCCGAAAAUUCGGCAAGAGAUACUGGCGAAAGCUCGUUCAUAUAUUCGAAUAUAA